AUGGGCGCCCAGCACCGACAGGACCCGAUAGUCCUGGUGAUUGACUUUCACCAUGCGAGGGGACCGGAAAUCGAAUUCACCGUCGGCGACGAGGGGACAGACCCCGCGGCAGAGAACGAUUGGUCUCUGCUGCCAUUUAUGGCCUUGUCGGAUGGAGCACACCUGUCAACCGAGGAAUUCUCCUAUUUCACCCUCUGCCGAAAGGAAUCCCCCACAACUCCCGCCACGUCCCUGUUCGGUAUCGCCUGCUCCCGCCAGAUGGACUCCAAUCGCCUGAUCAAUCGUUCGCCGGAGGUGACAAGGUCAACGGUGCAGAAGGCUGUGGUGGUCGUGACGGAUAGUCCGCAGAGCGUGGGACAGUUGCGGGAGAAGCUCUCCGUGGUGACCUCGGCUUGGUUUGCACAACGGGAUUUUUCGGAUAUUGAAAUCUUGAAGAAAUUCCGGGAGGGUCUCCGAAUGAGUUUGCUGAAUGAUGAUGGCGCGAAAGAUCAGACCUUGGGUUUAUCUCUCCGAGAGAUGAUUCGUGAAUUCAAACACCAGACCCUCGUCCUCUUUAAGGGACUAUUACUGCAGCCCAAGAUGCUCUUCUUCGGCUCUCGCUGCGAGCGUCUGUGCAUGAUUCAGUUCUCACUAAUAUCAUUGAUACCUGGCCUCAUACACAGCCUCCAGGACUGCGCAGACCCAGCAUUCGACAACUAUGCGCAGACUGUCGAGAAGCCAACAUCGCUCAAGACAAGUGACCGAGCUUCUCUGUUGGCCUAUAUGGGCCUGCCAUUGCAGAUAUUCGGAAAGGGAAGCAUGUUUGGACCAUAUACACCUCUCCAGCAGCUGGAUCUGCUGGCGGAUGACGGAACGAAGUCGUACGUGGUGGGAUCUACGAACUCACUUCUUCUACAACAAAAGGACCGGUACAGCGACAUCUUAAUCAACCUCGAUGAGGACACCAUCACCAUUCCGUCGAUUCCGCUUCGAACCGCUCUGGCUCUCUCUGUAGCUGACCGGCGCUGGAUCGACCUUCUGACCCAAAUCGUCAAUGAAACCUGGGACGAGGCUCACCCGAAUCAACCCAAAACCCACGGAUUCAUGGGGUCGGAAGAGUUCAUUCGACUUCAGUUUGAAGAGUACCUUUUGGCAUUGCUUUCUUCCAUGAAAUAUCACGAAGAGCUCUCAUCCACAUCAGGGGAUUCUGCCAACCGAGGCCGAGCACAGCUACAGAACUUCAAUAUCGAAGGAGAUCCCGCGCUUGAUUUCAAUCCGGAUUUCCUGGCCCAGUGGCGAAAAACCGCCAACUACGCCUUAUUCACGCGCCUCACGUCCGACGCGCUCUUAUUCUCUAUCACCGAACCGAAGCACCCCAGUGCGGGCGGGCUGACGGUGGACGACAUUCAGCGCCGGCUAUCACAGCAAGUAGCCGAUCUUCAUCUGGAUGAGCGGGUGCGCGAAGGCCGGGAGGCGCUCAACCGCCACCUUUCAACGGGACAGAAGAGAGUGAGUGCCGCGUUCAACAGUUUCUGGUCGGAUAUCGAAUCUAUGCGCGAAGCCCAGAAAAAACGGAACGAGGGAAAAUCCUCACCGUCACAGCGCUCCUCCACUGAUAAAGGUGGCCCAGGGUCUCCCCCACCCGAAGACAACACCGACGCCUCUGCAGGAUGGUUCGCCGGCCGGCGAACAGGCUCCAUCGACGUCUCCCAGGCCCAAGCCUCCGUAACCGCAGCCGGCCAGAAAGCAGGCUCAUAUCUCAGUUCCUGGGGUUCCUGGGCCAGCGAGAAACGCCGCGAAUGGCAGGACAAACGCAGCGACUCGCCUGGUGGUGGUAGCGCGGGCAUGACCACAUCCCCAUCCGCACCGACCUUGCCCGUGGUGAACGAGGCCGCCGAGUCAGACCGCGGUCGCCGGCGCUCCAUGCACCGGCAAAGUGAAGACUCCAACGGUCUGAACCGCAGUCUCAGUCGUCGCAAGCGAUGGAGCAAUAUCCUCCUCCGUCGUGACAGCGGCGAGUUCGCGACGCAGAAACAUGAUGAGAGUCUCGGGCCGGAUUCGUCGAGUCUUGAUCAGCCGUAUCCGAAAUCGCCUCUUUCGAGGGGCUUCCCGGCGUAUGAGACUGAGAGUGAAGAGAGAGCGAAAGAAUACGAGAAACCGUCUCAAAGAAGCGAGAAAGAUAUUUCCGUUCCUGAGAUACCAGAAUCACAGCCCGUGGACGAGGAUGGCUUCUCGGCUGUCCCUCUCUCUUCCAAUGAAGGCCUAGGAGUGGACUUGAAGAAAGAUGAGGUUGUGACUCAGGAGAAGCCGGGCACACAACGCAUCGCCGAGUCUACUCCCGAGAACUUGGAGAACGAAUCCCCUCAUCCUAAAUAA